AUGUCAGCUCGACGACCAUCUCUCGAGAAAAUCAUGGCCAACAAGAGGUCGUCCGUGACUGAUGCAAUGGACACAACAUCGCAGACAGAACCUUUGGCAAUCAAGAGAAAAUCCGUUGCGGCAGCCCAACCUCUGAUUCAAGUAGAAACUUUCUUGUCUCGCAAAGCAUACCCUCUUGGCACUACCUUGGUUGGGACUGUCUUGGUACGACAUCCACCUAGUAAGGAAGACAGCAAACCACCUCCACCUCUUCGCAAAACACUCAAAUCGAUUGUGGUCUAUGCAGCUGGAUUUUGUCGUAUUGAUCCAAGAUGGCACAAUGCGACUGAAUAUGCGCGCAUAUAUGGUAGUGUUCAUCCUUUCAUUCAGCAAGUGGAUUUCGAUGCCAAGCUGCUCUCGCACGGUGCCGGAACGGAUACUGUGUGCUUUUGGGCUACCAAUGGCCUAGAACUCAUGACAUUACCCGAACGAAAAAUCGGAAAGCUAGAAAGCAAGGACACUGACGAUGGGGAACGUCUCGCGUUCACCUACCGAAUAGAAUUGCCGAUGGACUUGCCUCAUUCGAUCAAUGCAACAACGUGCAAAUAUUAUUAUAUGAUGAACAUUCUCAUAAAAACGCAGUCCAAACAGAAGGUGAUUCAUUCACCCUUUGUUGUUCUGACCAAUCCGCUAAAGCCACCUGGUCUUCCACGAUCCAAGCAAGACCGUAACUCUCGUGCAAUUAUCUCUGGACGUGUCAAAUUCGGACAGUGCCGCGGCAUGGCUCACUCUAUUGGUCUGCCCGUUCAUCUCUCCGCUACAGAAAUUCACCGACCCAGGGGCCAAGUGAUGGUACACCAAGAACCGCGACGGCCAGAUGUCCAAACACUUCCGAUUAAAAGUCCAUCAGGAAAGCAAGUCUGCGUCUUGACCUUUAUUGGAGCCACCAAGAUUACCCCUGGAUCCAUGUUGCAAAUAGAAUGGGAUUUUCCUCGGGAGUUAACGCCCGAGGAUGCACCUUGCUUCCAAGUCAGUGCUUGUCUCAUGGGGGAGGAAUCGGCUGUCUACGAAGAUGGGAAAACCAAACGGACUCAAACUCACAUUUUUGAUACGUGUCAUGAGUUCAUUGAUCCUGGAAUAACACAACGAGUUUCCAAAUAUCUUUUGCUAAGUGUUGAUUCACCCUGCAACUUAGUCACUGAUGUCAUGGAGCUGACCAUCAAGUGUCAGGUAGACAUUACGAUCCAAGAAGGCAAAAACGGGAAAUACAACAAUCUGAAGGUUGAACUGCCAUGCCAUGUUCUGCAUCAAUUAGAAAAGGAUUCCGAUCAAGCAGAGUUGGAGGACACCCAAGUAACUCCUCUCUCGGUCUUGAUGGGAUUGAAGCCAGAUCCGGAAUUUCCUACUGAAGAUAUUGUGCGAGAUCUGAAGGUUGUGUCCCUUGAAAUGGAAAAACGAUUAAGAAGAGCUACAAAAUAA